AUGUCGGAUAUCAAUUACUUGCUCCACGAGAGCUCGGUGGGGUAUGCGAUCUUUGAAGUCGUUCACCAAGGCGAUACGGUGGGAAACCGAUUGAAGGAGGUUCAGGAUGCGACUCAGGACCUUGCCAAGUUCGGGAAGAUGGUGAAGCUUGUAAACUUUGCGCCAUACAGAGGAGCUGCCGAAGCUCUUGAAAACAUAAAUCUUGUUUCUGAAGGUGUCCUGUCUGAGUAUCUACGAUCGAACCUCGAGUUGAACCUCCCAAAAACUUCCAAGAAGAAGAAGGUCGUACUGGGUGUGUCGGAUAAGAAUCUGGCUGGUAGUAUCAAGGCUGCAUUCUCAGGUGUCGAGUGCGAAACUGGCGAGACCUCCGAGGUCUGCGCAGACUUGCUCCGAGGAUUGCGAUUUCAUGCAGGAAAACUGUUGAAGGGCCUUCAAGAGGGAGAUGUUGAGCGGGCUCAGCUUGGUCUUGGUCACGCAUACUCUCGUGCAAAGGUCAAGUUCUCAGUCCAGAAGAACGACAACCACAUUAUCCAAGCUAUCGCUACGCUUGACCACCUCGACAAGGCUGUCAACACCUUUUCUAUGCGCGUCAGAGAAUGGUAUGGAUGGCAUUUCCCAGAACUUGUCCGUAUCGUCUCCGACAACCAUACAUACGCAAAACUUGCGUUAGCAAUUGGCGACAAACAGACUUUAUCCCAAGAGUCGUUACAUGAUAUCGCAGCGAUUGUUAACGAUGAUGGAGAUAUCGCACAGGCUAUCAUCGAUGCUGCUCGUGUAAGUAUGGGCCAGGAAAUCUCUGUGACUGAUAUGGAGAAUGUGUCGUCAUUCGCGAACAGAGUCGUCAAGCUUGCCGAAUACCGCCGGUCACUCUUUCAAUACCUAGUCAACAAGAUGGCCAUCGUCGCGCCAAAUUUGGCUUCCCUGAUUGGCGAGGUUGUUGCUGCCAGACUUAUUUCCCAUGCUGGAUCUCUCACCAAUUUGUCCAAGUACCCAGCUUCCACUGUUCAAAUUCUGGGUGCUGAGAAGGCCCUUUUCCGAGCACUGAAAACCAAGGGAAACACACCGAAAUAUGGACUGAUUUACCACUCAAGUUUCAUUGGUCGUGCCGGAGCCAAGAAUAAGGGCCGUAUUUCAAGAUUCCUUGCCAACAAAUGCAGUAUUGCAAGCAGAAUUGACAACUUUUCCGAAGAGCCAUCUACCAAAUUUGGAGAGGCUUUAAGAAAACAGGUUGAGGAGAGAUUAGAUUUCUAUGCUACCGGCGCUGCGCCAACAAAGAAUGAGGAUGCUAUGAAAUCAGCAAUGGAUGCGGUUCUAGGUGACAUCAACAUUGCAGACCCAACAGCGGACACUGAAAUGGCUGAUGUCGCCCCAAGAGCGGUAGGCAAGCAGGAAAAGAAAGCCAAAGACAAGAAAGAGAAGAAGGAAAAGUCCAAAGACAAGGAUGCCAAAAAAGAUAAGAAAGACAAGAAGCGAAGACAUAGUGAAGUAAACGGUGAUCAGGAGCCAUCAGAAAAGAAGAGUAAGAAGAAGAGCAAGAAAGAAUCUGCCGACUCUGAAUAG